UACAUAUAGCAACUUAACACUUUAACGAAAACUGGAACGCCACUCUUUAAAAACACUUUAACUAUUUCAAGUUGUAUAGUUAAAAACAUUGUAAACGUAUUAGUCUACUUCCCUUCGUUGCAUCAUCAUAUACAUACGUUGACAUGACUCAUAUAAAUGUACAGGCGCUAACUUUAGCUAGCCAUUUAAAGCAGUGCUCAUCUAUCCGGUCGGUUGCUAACAUGCUUAGCUAAAAGCUAGCUAGCGUCCCUUACAUUCCUCAUAAGUAAUAAAAAUGCGCCAUUCUUUCCUCGACUAGGAAAAGCUGCUGCUCUUUAUAUUUUGUUAAAACGAUAUGUGAAUUAUUAUCUGUGGUUAUUAGCAUUUUUGUCAUUUGUGAAGAGUAAAGUUGAACUCUUAACCCCACCUCGACUGUCUCAGAGAUCAUGUGUGUGUGGAUGUGUUUGUCCGUGUUCCUGCUGUGGAUGAGGUCAGGAGGAUGCACGGAGAAGGCCAACACGUCAGAUCUGAUGGAGUACACUGCAGCAGACUUCUACGAGAAGUUGCAUUCAGGGAAGAUGAUGUUUAUCUAUUUUGAGCAUCAAGUUUCUCCAACAGUGUCCCUCUUUUUGGUGGAGCUGGAGAAGUCUGUUGAGGCUCUGCAGGAUUAUGGGGUGUUGGUUGGCAAGGUCAACUGCAAUAAAGAGCUGGUUCACACACACUGCACAGACGAGAGGGCGCUGCACACAGCUUUUCUCUUCAGGGGUGGAAAGGAGUUCCUGGGUUUUGAUUUGGACACCGUGUUUGAUGUCAACUCCAUCGUCUCUGAAGUCCUGUUUGCCAUCCUGCGUGAAGAGGUGAAGUACGUCCACACAGACGCUGACCUGCUGGCCAUGGAGAAGGCAGCCAGAGGGAAGAAGGAUCUCGUGCUGGGUUAUGUUCGCAGUUUGGGAACACAAGAGCACAGAUCCAUGAUGGAGACGGCAUAUGUGUACGGAUCCAAAUACCAGUUCAUCCUCAUCACAGGAGGCCCGGUUCUGAAGCACCUGGGUGUGGACGAGCUGUCUCACUCCUCCCAGGUGUGGUUCCUCCACUGCAGGCUUCACAGCAGCUACAGGAGCCCGAUGACCUCAGAGCGCUGUCCUUUAACCCGCAUGAGGAAACCCCUCUCCACCCUCAGCCUGCACUCCUUCCUGCAGCUCAUGGAGGCUCCACUAGUGUCAGAAGUUUAUGAAGACCCCUCCUCAGUCCAGCCCCCAGUGUUCCCCUACCAGCAGACCCCCCAGGUCUUCUUGUUCGCUCGUCCUGCCACCGAGCACCUGGACCGGGAGACGGCUGUCACCUUGGCCUGGAGGCUGCGGGGCCUCGCCCUGCUGGUCCUGGUACACAGACAGAGUCCUGCAGUGAAGACCUCAGAUGAUUAUAACGCUGCUUACAGGUUGCCUGUGAAGAGUUCAGACGUGAAAUAUUUGACCUUGCACGACUUUAACGAGGUGUUAGAUCUCUUCACAAACGAGGAGGAAGGAGAGGAGGACGAGGACGAGGCGGUGGAGGAGGAUUCACAUGUUGGCGAACUGGACGAUGAAGUAGCAGCGUCUCUGUAUGAAAACCGAGGCGACCUGCUGGACAUGGACUCAAUCACCCAGCUGACCUCUGAAAACUUCCACGCUGCAGUCGCUCAGAGCAGCCUCACUGUGGUGCUCUUCUACCUCAGAUGGGAUGCUGUUGCUAUGGCUUUUCUCAGCUCGUAUAUUGAAGUUGCAGAGAGACUUGAAGGCUCCGAGGUCCAGAUGUGUGCGGUCGACUGCGGCGAGUGGACUGACCUCUGUGCCGCUCAGACGGGCGGCUCCCCCCCGAUCCCGUUCCGGCCAAUCACAGCAUUCCCCAGCGUCCUGUUGCUCCGCCCCCGGGAGUCAGCCCAGCAGUACAGAGGCAUGCUGGGUACUGAGGCGCUGCAUCGCUCCAUCAUGCUGAGCAGUCGAGCUUCUCCUGUGCUGCUGUCCACCCCUAAAGAAGUGACAUCAUUCCUCCAGGAGUCGCCUCACCCUGAGCUAGCAGGCCACAAGCCCGACCGAGUGCUGGGGCUGUUCCAGACAGAUGCAGGUGCAUCACUCUUUACUGAAGCAGCCAAGUCCCUGAGAGGAGAGGUGCUGAGCGGGCUGCUGACAGUUGAGCUGGCAGAGGAAUGGGCUGCAGAGCACACUGUGGGCCUUCCUGGAGUGUUUGUGUUUCCAUCGUGGAGGACUCAGAGUCGUCCUUCCUCACUGACUCUGCCAACUUCUGUUGAAGAGCUGCUCACACACAUUAAGUCUGCACUGCUGCAUCCACUGCCUGAGCUCACAGUGGAGAACCUGCCGUCCUUCCUCUCCCUGGGUAAAGCCCUCCUCCUCCUCUUUGUGGGAGAAGAGGAGGAUGAGAUCGGCUGGAGGCAGAACCAGGCGCUGCUGGAGGAGAUGAGAGGAGUGGUAGAGUUGGGUGGGGGGAAGAUGGAGCGUUACCUGGCCUGCUGGAUCCACCUUGGCCGUACUCCAGCUGGUAUGUCUGUCCUGGGGUCAUACCUGGGCUCCAUGCCCCCCCUCCCUGCUCUGGUCCUCACACAUUUGCCCUCUGGAGAUGAAAUCUACCAGUACCCCUCCAACACCCCCAUAGGAGCGCCUGCUGUGCUGCAGUGGCUGCAGAGGGUCGAGGAUGGCAAAGAAUCCCCCGCAGGGAUGUUGGGUGACGACAGCUGGCCUCCUGCUCACGACUUCUACGACUUCCUGAAAGUGAUGGACAUGCAGGAACCGGAGUCAGCCCAGCAGCGAACUCCGUCAGCACACGACCACUAUGAGGACGUAGACGAGGCGACGGUGGAGGGAAAUGAUGUUGAAGAAGGAACGGGUUCCUCCUCCUCCUCCCGGCUUUCUGCUCCAGACAACAACGCUAACCUUCACUCUGAACUGUAGUGAUGAUAAUGACUCCAUUAUUAAAUCAUCGGGCUUAUAAACAGGUGUUUGAAAUAAGCACAAGAUACCUGUGCCUCAAUUAAAGGACCCCCCAUCGACAAGCCCACUACGAGCUACCACCACCAGAUCUAGACCCCGUCCGACCUCAUUCCUCUGUUUUUAACACUAUAGAAUUAGUUUUACAUUAAGACAUUUUAUACUCUGAAAUGUGGAAUGGACCAAAAGACACUGUGAACGUUUGAAUGAAAGGAAAUCUAUGAAUAUGCAUAAACACACUCUUCAUGUUUCUUCACAUUUGCACAUGUUCUGUGAGUGUUUCUGGGUUCCACAGAAAUGUUGAGUUUCAGUCUUGUUUUUUUAUGUAAGUGCAGUUUCUUGCCUGAUGAACUCCUGAUAAGCUGACAAUGGAUUUGUAAGGAUAUAAUUUAAAGCUUAAGUUUUCUCUUUUUCUAUCAGUUUUAGUCUUUGAGGACUAGCAGUGUUUUUCUCAUGUUAGGCUUUAGAGUUUUAUUUUGUGAAAAUAUUUUUUAUGUCUGCACAGAUUUAUUAAUGUAGUCCCAAGUUUUAAAAACAUUAUCCCACUGAUAUGAGAAUUCAUUUGCCACACACACAACCAAUGAGCUUCAUUUGGAAGUUAGCAAACACGAGUGAAGUUUUGAUCUGAAAGGCAUGCUUCCAAUGUCCUCAUCACUCAUGAGUAGUGUUUUGACUGAUCUGGCAUUACAAUCAUCGCAGUAAUUUUAGAUGAAGGAUAUCUACAUCCUGGAACUGGUUCUACUCUCAUUAGUCCACCUCCUGUACUGUAAUAACAGAGGCAUCAUGGGAUGGUUGUGUAAUUAUUUUCCCAUCAGUCUAGAUGCAGAACAAAGCCAGUAAAUGUUAGUUUAGCUGGUCUGGUUUCAUUGGUUACGCUGGGUUUUGAUGUGGUUCAUGUUCAUUAAUGUCUCAGAUGAAGGGGGAAAGUACAAUCCAAGCCUUGUAUUGAGGUCUGACGGGCUUUUGGAUACAAAACUGAGCUGGAAUGAUAAAGUUACAUUUGAAAUAGUUGGCAGACAGAAGAAAACACACUGAACAGUUUGUUAGUUUAAGAUAAUGUAGUAAUCUCAUUCAGUAAUCACUGAAUCUAAUUAUCACUGACAGUGAGAAACAGCGCCCCCUUGAAUGGAAACAUACCGGCAAAAGAGAUUUGAAAUAAGAGGUCAGCCCUUUCAUGGUCAGGCACCUCAAUAUUAAACUAAAUGUAAUUAAAUCUAUGUAAAAAGUUACAAACAUGCGUUAACACGUAUAAUACAUGUUAUUAGCUUGGCGGCUAAAGUUAGCAACUGUUAGCCUGAAAAUGAGCAAAGUCAGAAAAGCGAAAUGACUUCAAGAAAGACACUGAAUUUCAUGUCAAAUGGAGGAAAGGAGACCAGGACGUUGAAUAAGGUAAUUCAGAAACACCCUCUGUCUGUUUGUCCACUUGAUAUUUUAAUAUUUUGGCUAGCUUGUUUCUUUUCUUUGGCCAAACUCCCUCCGGCUGUCAGUUUGUAAACCAUAAUCAUUGUAGGAGACAUUUACUGUAAAGCUUUAAAUACUUAGAAGUUGGUUUACUUGUUCGUUAAUAACCAAGGAAGAUAUUUAAGUUGCUGUGCUCCAUAUUCUCAAGUUAGCAUACCAUUAGCCUGUUAGCCUAUUGGAUACUUGUGUGUAGCACAGGCGGCUACAUUGCUGUUCGUAAUAUGAAAUGGACUUAUUGAUGUUUUCAUUGCAAAGAGAGUAUGCUCAUGAAUAUUUAGGACGUGUUUAAGUCAGGUGUCUAUGAUUUGUACACUGUCUUUUCGUGUGAAGUUAAUAUUGUGUCUAAAAGUAGACUAACUGAAUGGUGACUGAUUGAUGUUGGGGUGCAGUACCAUGUUUGACCACAUGUACCUUAACAGUUACAAACCCAUUAAAGGUGUUUCUUGCUGUU